AUGAAACACUUACUAGAAGUGCUGAUUUCCAUAGCCUGUUGCCUUGGUAAUGUGCUGGUGGUGUGUGCAGUGUGUGUUGGUGUCCGGGAUUCCCUUCAGGAGCCAACCUUCUGCUUCCUGGCCUCCUUGGCGGUAGCUGACUUCCUAGUGGGUGUGGUUGCUGUGUCUCUGGCUGUACUAUUGAAUGGGUGGGUGAGCCUGACCCCUGACUUGUGCCUGCUGUUGUUUUCUUUUUCCACCCUUUAUUUUUGUUUUAUCCCUCCUUCUUCGAUAAAAAAAAAAGUGUGUCUGUGUGCUAGAUGCUUUUCGGUUUGCUGGGGUUUACUCCCAUUUGGCUUCAAAUUCCAGCAGUACAUCUUCCCCGUCCUUCAACUUUCCUCCAUGCACCUUCCUGUUAGUGUCACUGCACCCCUGCUGGUCAUGACGCUCCUCUAUGCUCAAAUCUUCUGGAGCUCGCAGGGCCAUCUGAAGGAGAACUGUCCUCAAGCCCAGGCCUCUCUGCUCAGAGAAAAGCACCCACCCUGCUCCCUAGCUCUGUUUCUCAUUUUAUUUGCCAACUAUUGGAUUUCACUGCACUUGAUGAACUGUCUGCUGCUGUUUCAUGGUCCUCAAACUGUCACACAGAGGACAAUAUACACAGGUCUUUUCUUUCCAGGUAUUCUCUUGUCUCAUGCCAACUCAGCAAUCAACCCUGUCACCUAUGCCUACCGCAUCCCAAAGAUUCAGCAGGCCUACAGUCAAAGAUGUAGACACUUUUCAUAAGGCUAAACUGUUGCCAUGGGGAAGAGCAGGUUCAUCAGUCAAUAACAGUCAGCUGAACCAAUCACACAGAUACAUGUGACCCAUAGGGUCAUUUUAAGUGAAUAAAGUUUGAGUUCAUGUGACUUGGUCAAAAAGUUUCUACAUGCACAAAAAAAUCGAUCACUGUGUUUAACAGCAAUAUAAGGCUGCAGAGACUGUGUAGGCUGAAGAAAUGCACGUAGCCAGUAGUGUAGGGUUUGUAUGAAAUCCUGCAUACCCAAGUCCACUUGGCUAUCCCCUUGUGUGAAAGUUUUAUUCUAGUUAAAGCUUUCUCCUGUGUCUCCACUAGAGGGUACCCUGCACUAACAAACUCAACAGAUACUGUUGUACACAAACCACAAAACCAUCAGAAUGCCAUUGUUGAUAAACAAACCAUUUCAAAACCUCAUUCACUGGUAUUGGAACAAUGGAUUUGAGGAAAAUAUAGCUUUAUUGGGAUGUACAUAUAUUUAAGCAAGUCACAUGACAGGUUCAAAUCAAUUCAGCCCUAAUCCUUUGUAGCACCUAAUCAUUUUUAUAAUAUAUCAAGAAUAAAUGUGACACUUAACCAUUGAGAGGGUGUUGAAUAUCACUGAAUGUUCAGUGAGCUCCUCAAGGAAGGCAAUAGACUGUAUAGUUAUCACCUGAGCAGGGUGCAAUCCCACCCACCAAACUAUACAACCUACUACCUCACCCUGACAGAGCCCAAAUCAAACACACCACACAUUCACCUGUUAGGGAGCAUGACACCUAAUUUACCUGCUCUAGCCAAAAAAAAAAUAAAAAAUCUUGUUGCAAUGAAUGAUCGACUGCUGGAAGUACAUGCUUUGAUUAGACAGCAUGAUCGCCCAUCUGGAGAUGACAGUCGGUGAUGUGCUGAUUCAGCUGUUUCCUUGGGAAAGACAGUAGAUUGUAUAGUUAUCUCAAAAAGAGGUUACACAACCCCACAACUAUUCAAUCUACUACCUCAGCCCCAAGGACAGCACCCAUGUUGCUUCAGCAUCAAAGAUCUUUUCAGGUUAUAA